AUGAAGGCUCCUCUAGCCCUCCUUCACUUCCAGUACCGCGUUCUUGAAGAAUUGGAAGCUUUGCGACUUAUCGCCAUGAUUGGACAUUACAUGUCUGUUGGCGAUGCGAUCAGUACAGGAGUGUUUACAAGUUAUGCUUUGCUCAUGUUCCUUUCCUACUACCCAGGACCGUUGACGUACAAGCUCAGCGGCUGGCCGCUCUUGUGGCAAGCUUAUACUGGCGACCGACACAUUUGGCACCUGAAAGAUCACGAGAAAUACGGUCUAAUCGUUCGCAUCGCACCCAAUACUUUGUCCUUCAAUACUGCAUCUGCUCUUAGUACGAUCUAUGGUUCACGGGCUGCCAACGUGAAGAAAGGCGAGUGGUAUAAGACGUUUGACAUUGCUGCUGGGACGUACAGCAGCUUUACUGAAACAGAUCGAGAUUUUCAUGCAGUGAAGAGAAGAUGGGUCAGCCCUUCAUUCUCAACCGAGUCUCUAAAUGCGAAUGAAAGGGGUGUGAUUGAUAUCAUUGAGAGCUUCUGCGACACUAUACAGCCAAGUACUGGUGGGUGGGGAGCCAAAUGGAAUGCCAGUGAGAUGAGCAUCUAUCUUGGAUUCGACAUCAUGGGCGCGUUGGUACUUGGGUGCGAAUUCAAGACCGUGCAAGAGGAGAAUAAUAGGGAUCUUGCAAACUCAACACUACCGGCGGAUUUCGUAUCUGCCUCUGGCAUUUCUAGUCCGUCCGCUCCUACGAACGAGCCUUUUUGA